AUGGGAAAAACGAGCAAAGUGGUAAUUUGUGGUAUGAAAGGGGUGGGGAAGACUGCUAUAUUAGAGCAGUUAAUAUAUGGAAAUGUUAAUUUAAAGUCGUCAUUUUACCCUACUAUCGAGGAUAUCUACGUGGCGAAUAUUGAGACCGACAGAGGGACCAAAGAAAGAGUCUGCUUCUAUGAUACAGCGGGUUUGGAACCCCCGCUUACAGGCGAGUUGAAAGGACCACCACAGUCGCCAACAAUGCAGUUGACUGCAAAUCAAGUACUCCAGCGACACUACCUCAGCUUUGCAGAAGGAUUUGUAAUGGUUUAUGACACCACCAGGCCUGAGUCUCUUGAUGUGCUCAUGUAUUUGAAGAAAGAUAUUGAUAGGAAUAAAGAUAAGAAAGAGGUAGUGAUGCUAGUUAUUGGUAAUCGCACGGGUCCUGACGAUGUUAACAGCUUAGAAAACACUUGUUCGAAAGCAGCGAACUGGUGUGCUCGGGAAAAGGUACGUCAUUUCGAAGUAUCAGCUAUGGACCGACCAUCAUUGUACGAACCGUUUAUUUUUAUGACGACGCGCCUCAACCCGGUGCAAAAUAAAACUGCGUUCCCUCAAUUGAGUACUUUGAGUAAGCUAACUCAGAAAAAUAAUAAAAGUGAGGCUAUGUAA